GGCUUUGAUGGGGCGGGGCAGUGGCUGUCUCCCGCGAUCUCCCGGCCUCCCCGCCCGACUGGAUCCCGGAAGCAGGGUAUUGGGCUCCCGUGCGGUAGCGGCGAGGGAUUGCGGCGCGAGCCUCAGAUAGCUGCAAUGUUUCCCUUCUUCAGAAAAUCUCCAGAAUCUAAAAAGCCUUCCACACCAGAGACAGAAGCAGAUGGAUUUGUCCUUUUAGGAGAUACAGCAGGUGAGCAAAGAAAGGCAGCAGAAGGUAAAACUUCAGAGGCCGAAGGCAGCCAACCUUUGGAGACUGGCAAAGAAAACUCAUCCAGUGUGACAGUAGCAGGCCCCGAGAUGGAAAAUAAGGCAGGCCAGACUUUGGAAAACAACUCAUUAAUGGCUGAACUGCUGAACGAUGUACCCUUCACCUUGGCCCCCCACGUGCUGGCCGUGCAGGGCACCAUCAGUGACCUUCCAGACCACUUACUCUCCUAUGACGUCAGCGAAAAUUUAUCACGGUUCUGGUACGAUUUCAGUCUUGAAAAUUCAGUUCUCUGUGAUUUGUAAUAUUUAUGUCUAUUUGCAUCAUAACAGCUUUAAACAAAAGUUUGCCUGUUUUCUUUUACCUGUUUGAUAUUCUUUGCCAUUUCAUUGCUUAAAGGUCCUCAGAAAAGCAAGGAUCAUAAAGCAAACAUUAUAUUUAUUAUGCUGUUUUUUAGAAUAAAGUAUAUUUGUAUAAAAGUUGGGACUUAAGCUCUGCUUCCUUUCCACCAGAUAAUAAAUUUAAAAAUUAGGCUAUCAAGGUUUUAUGAAAGGAGCAGAUUCCUUCCAAAAGGAAUCUCUCUCAAAACAGAACACUUCAAGUUUAUCUUGGGAGAACUGUGACAAAGAGCUGUGGCACUUUUCUUAGUUACCACAACUCCAAAGUCUGUGCUUAGAAUGCAUGUGAUUUCUCUUCUCUGAUUUGGAGGAAGCUUGAAUUAAUGUUAUUCGCUUUCUUCUUCCACAAUGUUUAUGAAUGGAUUCAGGAAAAAAAGAAAUGUUGCCAGUUAGCUUAAUUUCUUCAGUUCCUAUUUAGACACCGAGAGGGAAAUGUAAAACUUUCCCUGAAAAGCAGCGGCCGUGUGCUGAUCCACGAAUGCUAUCCCUCCUCUGGAUGCUGCUUGUUUGGAGUGAUACAUGUGAUACAUUUCAGUUGCCCCAAACCCACCGCAGCCCUUUCCCUCUUGAAUGGUUCCCAUGUGCCUGCCUUUGUUUUCUGCCUCGCUGCUACUCUGGAGCGCGUGCCCUCACCGGCUUUCCAAAGAACUUCCCCUCUUUCUGCUUCAGUUGGCAUUUGCUUCCCUUCCCACAUAUGUUCCCACUUUAUGAAGAGAUCCACGUUUCCUUUCAACCUCUCUGCCUCCUAAAGAAAAACAUCUCAUGAUGAUACAUAUUAUUGCUGAUAACACCCUUAUUUAGAAAUUUGUUGGCCACAAUACAGAUGGAAAUGUUUUGCUGCUAGAAAAGCUGAAAUCGAGUCAUUUCCAAUUAGAGUGUAGGCAAAACACCUAUGACUUUUAGUUCUUGGCUAUCCAUUAUUUACUCCAACUAAAGCAGUAAAGAACUGCCAUUGGUCAGUAAAUGGUAAAGGGAAGAAGAAAAUUGUAAUAGAGUAUUUUCCAUGCCAUGGAAAAUUUAAAUCACAUUUGUUUUGAUCAGGAGCCAUACAGUUUAAUUGAUUCUGUGCCAAACUGUAAGUAUAUUUUUCACAAAGAUAGAGUGCCAUAGUGAAACUAAACACUGUGCAUAAAGGUACGUGAAUCAUUCAAGUUUUAAUGUGUUAUGAAUGUUUAAUAAAUGUAGCAUUGUCUUGAUAAAAAUGCCAUAUUAUUUAGAAGCACUGUCUUGAUAAAAAUGCCAUAUUACAAAAAUGUGCUUCAUUUACAAAUAAUGAUACCACAUGAAGUGAAUGAUUACAUUAAAUCUUUACACAGUUUUCAUAAAACAUCAGUCUAGGAAAUGUGACCUAUUACUAACACAAAUGUGAACAUUUUUUAGCAGUUUUUGUGAAAACAUCCUUCUUAAUACCCAUGUUAAUGUACCUUGAAGCUAAAUGUUAUGUCAUCAAUUUGUCUAAUAUAUUUGUUAAACUGUCUAAAAUACAUUUCAUUUAUAUUUUAUGUCUACCAUGUUAUAAAUAUGCUUAAAUUUUCAUUUGUCUAAAAUAAUUGUUAUAUUUAAAUAAAUGUGAGUUAAAAUAAA